AUGGUAAUGAAAAAAUUUAGUGAACCAUCUUCUCCAAAUCCAAAUGAUGAAAUUGGUGAUAAUCGUAAUGAUAAUUAUAUAAAUGGCAUAGAAAAUAAUGAAGAUAUCAUAGAUUCAACAGUUAUACCUGUUGGUUAUGCUUUACUAGGUAGUGAAAUUGUACAUAUGGCAGAUGAUAACAUUGAUGAUAAUAAUGAUAGUGAGAUAAAUGAUUUGUCAGAUAGUGAAAAUGAUGAAAUUGAAAAUAACAAUGUAAUCAAUCAGCAUUUAUCAAAUUCUCAAUCAAUUGGAUUUAAUAAUUAUAAUGGUGAUGACAAUAAUAAUAGUGAUCCAGUCAAUUUACAAGUUGAUGUAGACAAUCUUCUGAAUCGACACUUGAGUCGAACUGAAUUUGAACCACGGGGAGCAUUUACUGCUUCCAAUUUGUGUACUAAUACGAUUGAUGAUUCAUCUCAUAUAGAAUUAUGGAAUCAGAACACACCAGCAUCCACAUCUCAAAUUACAAUUACUCCUGACGAAGCUGAUAAAAUCAAAAUGUAUAUGUCUAAUUUUCAUUUACCCAUCUCUCAAUAUCCUGCAUGGGCUACACAAAUACCAGAAGAAUUAUGGAAAUCGAAACUUUUGGAAAAAAUUCAACAUAAUUAUAAACCAUGA